UCUAUUGAUCUGAUGUUUUAUUUGCAUUUGUUUCAGGAUCGAAGCAAACGCUUGGAGAAGGUCCACGUGGUUAUCGGACCUAACUCAUGUGACUUGGAUUCUCUCAUUUCUGCCUUGACCUAUGCUUACUUUCUAGACAAGGUCAGUCCACCUGGAGUUCUCUGUUUACCAGUGCUAAAUAUCCCAAGAACUGACUUCAACUAUUUCACCGAGACAAGGUUUAUCUUAGAAGAGCUGAAUAUCUCUGACUCGUUCCACAUAUUCCGAGAUGAAAUCAAUCUGCAUCAGCUGAAUGUCGAGGGCAAAUUGUCUAUAACACUCAUUGGUAGCAACACCCUGGCAAGUGAGGACAAAACUUUGGAAUCAGCAGUUGUCAAAGUCAUUAACCCCGUUGAGCAGAACGAUGCUGAGGUGGAGCUGCGAGAGUCUUCCUCUUCUCUCGUGCUGAAAGAGCUUCUGCAGGAGGCUCCGGAGCUCAUCACCGAGCAGCUAGCUCAUCUCCUCAGAGGCAGCAUCCUGUUCAAGUGGAUGACCAUGGAUCCAGAGAAGAUCUCAGAGAAGCAGGAAGAGAUUCUUUCUGUUCUGGAAGAGCAGUUUCCUAACUUGCCUCCACGAGAGGACAUCAUCAAUGUCCUGCAGGAGUCCCAGUUCAGUGCUCAAAGUUUGAGUAUUGAACAAACAAUGUUGAAAGAUCUGAAGGAACUGUCCGAUGGAGAAAUCAAAGUAGCUGUCAGUGCUGUGAACAUGACCCUCGAGGUAAGGGUGGAAGUGCUUUCUUAGCAACAAUAGAUUCACACGGUUGCAAUCUGGCCAUGUGGUAUCCAGCUCUCUUCACUGCUAAGUCAGUAUUAGUCUUUUGCUGUGACUAUUUCUUGGUGACGUAUUUGAUUGGGGCUCAGGUUAUUAUUAUUAUGCUAAGUUGAUGAAAAAUGCCAAACCUGGAUUUCCAAGAUAAGUGCUGGUUCAUUCAUCUCAGAUAAAUACACCUGUGUGGGCGUGUGUUUUUCAUCUGUUUACUAGCGAUUUUAAAAUAUGUGGUUAGUUUCACUUCUGUAUCUACUCUAUACAAACAAGUUGUCCUUUGGCCUUCCUUAGCUAUUUGAACACAUCUCAUUUUGGUAAUUGAUGAUGACGACUCAAGUAUUAAUAAGGAAUAGCCUUCCAGUCAGUUAAAUGAAUGACUCAGAGUGAAUGCAGCUCUUGUCUUGUGUCUUUCCUUGGUAAAUUAUCUUUUGUCUACUUUGGGGGUUUUCAGUGACUUGUGUGUUAAUAUUAAUUAACCCAAUUAACGAGAACUAUAUUUUA